CCCUCCGCUCUUCCUCCCUCUUCACCAGCAGAGCACCAUUCGAAGCGAAGCCAGGUUCCCACCCAAACCCUACGGGAAAUCGAGGCCCAUGCCUUCCUCUUGCGGAUCUUGCUAGAGCAGCAGAUCCCGAACGCCUCGCCCUCUACGAUGGAUCCCGCCGGCGUCGGGCCGAGGGAGACGGAGCUCGCGUGGCACCUCCUCACCGUGCUCGUCCGCAUCGGCCGCCCUGCCGCCGCCGCCGAGCUCGCCGCCACCGUGGCAUCGGCGUCUGGUGACGUGACGCCGCAGCUCAUAGAGCGGCUGUGCGGCGCCCCUGGGUCGCCGCUCCGGUGCUCUAGCGGCGGCGUGGUGACCGCGUCGGAGACUGCCGUCGCGGCGUUUCUGAGGUUCGUGGGGUGGGAGUAUGUCCCGCCGCCGCCGAGGGUGGGGCUGAGAGCCUCCGACUUGAGGAGGUGGCGCGGCGAGGUUCCAAUUCGGUAUGACUGCAAGGGGAAGGCGUCGUCAGAUGCCAAGGACUUCGGCGUGAAGAGGCGCCUCUUGAUGGGGGGUGACUCAGAUUUGGUAGAACAAGAGCAGCAGCAGUUGCAACAGCUGAUUGUGCAAAGCUGUUCGUCAGUUGCUACCAGUGAGGUACACCUGGAGGUUAUGCAAGAAGGCAUUCCUAAUCUGGGCCCAUAUACUGUUGAACCUUCCUUGAAGUUUUUAACUGGGGGUACUCUAGUUCCCAGUGCUGCUCAAAUUAGCAUGUCUUGUCUUCAACAUAGACUUGAUCAGUUAUUUGGAGGCAGUGACGAGAACAUUCUUGGGAAAACGACAUCUGCACCAGUGCCAAUGGAGGUGUCAACCCCUUCCUUUAUUGGCAUUCCUUCCCUAUGUGCUGAAAAAACAGAAAGAGUCCAUGCAGCAGCUGAUAAUGAAACUAAUGGGAUUGGUGAACCUGAAGGAGCAUUUCCAUUUUAUAACAGCAGAGUAGAGGAUAGUGAUGAUCUAGAAAAGGCCAGCCUCCUUCCUACGACAGCUGCAGUUGGCACUACUGUAAUUGGGGUCGAUGAGGAUCUAAAUUUUAUUUACAAAGGACCUAGCAGUCCAUUUCAUAAUUGCAAUACGCAUGCAGUAGAGAAUACAGGAAGAAGUAAUGUGAUCUCUGACCAAGCAGCUGUACGACAUGACAGUCCAAAUGCUGGAUACUGUGAGGAGAUCCCAUCUUGUGGUCCGAAUGCUAAUGCUUCGGCAGAAAUUCAGAACAAUAAGGCAAUACAAGUUCUAUUCCAGUCUCCUACACACACCAAAGCAGAACCCAUAUUACAUGAUCGGAUGCAUAGAACGAUACAAAGCUCGUGUCAACCAUCUCUGGAUGCGAAAGUUAAACCAGCAGUAUUGCCACUAGAAGCAACGAGCUAUGAUUGUGUUAAGAACAGUAUAGAAAACAAAUAUCUGAUUGACAGAGAGCAGCAACGUAACGACGUGGGUGUCAAUUUUUCUAAGAAGGAGCAAGAUAGAAAGAUAGUGAAACAAAGGGAUAAGGGCAAGAAAAAUAAUGUACUGCCUGCAGGAGUGAAGGAUCAACUUGCAGAAAGGGCUCAAAAGGGAAAUGCAGAGCCAAAACCACUGCCUAUCUUCAAGAAUUUUGUUGUAGAGGAGGAGGAAGGGUCAGGAGGUUAUGGGAUCGUUUAUAGGGCUCGGAGAAAAACAGAUGGAAGUAUAGUUGCCAUAAAAUGCCCUCAUUCAAACGCCCAUUCACAUCAUGUUGACAAUGAACGAAAGAUGUUGGAAAGAUUUGGAGGCAAGCAUUUCGUGAUUAGAUAUGAAACCUCGCUUAGAAGUGGUGAUCUAGACUGCUUUGUUCUAGAACAUGUUGUGCAUGACAGACCAGAGAUUCUGAAAAAGGAAAUAAGUGUGUUUGAGAUGAAGUGGUAUGGGUAUUGUUUGUUCAGCGCUCUUUCAAGCUUACAUAAACAGGGAGUAGUGCACAGAGAUGUAAAACCUGGAAACUUCCUCUUCUCUCGUAGACUGGCAAAGGGAUAUCUUAUUGACUUCAACUUGGCAAAUGAUAUUCAUCAGAAGUACUUGAGAAACAGUAAAUCUGAAACUAUCUCAUGUGGGAAGGAUACCACAUCUCAAUCUGCAUUGAAGUCUGCUCUAGUUAUUCAUGCCAAAGAAGUAGCUGCUGAUCCGAAACAAGCUCUUGGAUCCAAGAGGAAAAGAUCAAAUAAAAGCCCAGUGGGUGGUGAUCCUAGGAUUGGAAAUAAAAGUAAGCAUGGUGGCCAAGCUGCUGAUAUAUCUGGUGUUACCUCUGCCAAGGAUCCUACAAGCACGAAAACACAAUUAGACAGGUUAAAGCAGCCAAUGCCUUACAAAGGACGGAAGGAACUAAUGAACUUCUUGCAUGAGGCAAUGCACAGUCCCAAACAAAAGACACUGGAAGCUCCUGUUUCCCAAAGGAAGAGGGUUGCUGCUCCUGUUAGUAGUGGGGAUCGGAAGCUCUUUGUACUAACACCAAUGCCCCUGCGUUCUGGUGGUAGUGCUGUUGCUGGCACUGGCAUGUUUAACAGCAAAGGACAAGGAAAACAGCGAAGAGAAGGUCCCUGCGUUGGAACCAAAGGAUUCCGAGCUCCAGAGGUUCUUUUAAGAUCUUUCUACCAGGGUUGCAAAGUUGAUGUUUGGUCGGCUGGGGUGACGCUCCUCUACUUGAUAAUCGGCAAAUCACCUUUUGGUGGAGACCCUGAACAGAACAUGAAGGAAAUAGCGAAGCUGAGAGGCAGCGAAGGAUUAUGGGAAGUAGCAAAACUGCACAACUGUGAAUCUUCAUACCCAUCGGAGUUAUGUGAUGCCAAAUGGCUGCAGUCGGUGGAUCUCAGGGAGUGGUGUGUGGCCAACGCGCGGAGGCCGGAGUUCCUCGAGUAUUUACCUGACUCACUGUUUGAUCUUGUCGACAAGUGCCUGGCAGUAAACCCUAGGUGCAGGAUCACAUCGGAUGAAGCUCUGUCGCAUGAGUUCUUCGCUUCAUGCCAUGAAAGCCUGAGGAAGAAGAAGGCACUCAGGAUUGGAAGAUCAGGUGCAGGAGCUUCUCAUCCCCCUCCAUCUUUGUCCCAAGACAACAUGGUUAAGGUGAACGAAUCACAGCGCUUGUUUCCGACAAUAUUUGACUUAAUUUAACCUCUGUAAGCUGAUACCGUCAUAGUGAUAACCAGGCCUGUGCCAAUAGCCUGACAUGUUAUUUUUUGUUGUAAAUGCUGUACUUAAAGAUAUAAUCAGCGAUGACUGAAAAAAAGAAAGAUAUAAUCAGCGAUGUGCUGAUGCUCGUUUGUGUUGACAAGGUUGGUAUAAAGUAAUCGUUGUAUUUAUGCAUGAUAAA